AUGGACACCGGUGUGACUGAAAGUGGACUAAACGUGACUGUCACUAUUCGGCUCCUUAUGCACGGAAAGGCAGUAGGAAGUAUCAUUGGGAAGAAAGGGGAGUCGGUUAAGAGGAUCCGCGAGGAGAGUGGCGCGCAGAUCAACAUCUCGGAGGGGAAUUGUCCAGAGAGAAUCAUCACUCUGACCGGUCCCACCAAUGCCAUCUUCAAGGCCUUCGCUAUGAUCAUCGUCAAGCUGGAGGAAGAUACCAGCAGCUCCAUGACCAGCAGCACGGCGGCCAGCAGGCUGCCGGUCACCGUGAAGCUGGCGGUGCCGGCCACCCAGUGCGGCUCCCUGAUUGGGAAAGGCGGUUGUCAGAUCCAAGAGAUCCACGAGAGCACUGGGGCCCAGGUGCAGGUGGCGGGGGACAUGCUGCCCAACUCCACCGAGCAGGCCAUCACCAUUGCUGGCGUGCCGCAGUCUGUCACCGAGUGUGUCAAGCAGAUCUGCCUGGUCGUGCUGGAGACGCUCUCCCAGUCUCCGCAAGGGAGAGUCUUGGCCGUUCCACACCAGCCCAUGCCGGUCAGCUCCCCAGUCAUCUGCACGGGCGGCCAGGAUCGCUGCAGCGACGCUGCGGGCUACCCCCACGCCACCCAUGACCUGGAGGGACCACCUCUAGACACUGACUCGAUUCAAGGACAACACACCAUUUCUCCACUCGAUCCGGCCAAGCUGAAUCAGGGGGCAAGACCACAGUCUCACUUUGCCAUGAUGCACGGCAGGACCAGAGUCGCCGGAAUUGACUCCAGCUCCCCAGAGGUGAAAGGCUAUUGGGCAAGUUUGGAUGCAUCUACUCAAACCACCCAUGAACUCAACAUUCCAAAUAACUUAAUUGGCCGCAUAAUCGGGCGCCAAGGCGCCAACAUUAAUGAGAUCCGCCACAUGUCCGGGGCCCAGAUCAAAAUUGCCGAUCCAGUAGAAGGCUCUUCUGGUAGGCAGGUUACUAUCACUGGUUCUGCUGCCAGUAUUAGUCUGGCCCAGUAUCUAAUCAAUGCCAGGCUUUCCUCUGAGAAGGGCAUGGGGUGCAGCUACAACAGUGUAGGUUAACUCAGAAUCCCUUUCUGAUGUUUUCCCAUGAUCCAACUGUGUAAUUUCUGGUCAGUGAUUACAGGUUUUAAAUAAUUUGUAAGUGUUCAGUUUCUACACAACUUUAUCAUCUGCUAAGAAUUUAAAA